GGUCUGUGUUUUUACUGCGCUUUCCUGUUGGCUUCCAGUUGCCCCGCCAGUUCCGGGGAGGGCCCAGGGCCAGCAGCCGUCCACCCCCCUUCAUAAAGGCCCAGCCCGGGGACAGCCCGCACAGCUGCCCAGCCGGGGAGACGGGGCCGCCCUGUCCCUCCCCUCCGUCCCCUGCUCCUGCCGCAGCUGGAACCAUGCCGGGCGGCGGCGGUGGCAGCCGCGUCUUUCUCGCGCUGUGUGUCCUGCUGGCUCUGUCGGAGGCCGAAGCCCAGGACGCCGGGGGCUGUGACCGCUGGUGCCCCCCGAACGCCAUGUGUGCCAACACCACUGCCUGUCGCUGCAAGCCGGGAUUCAGCUCCUCGGGCGCAGAGAUCUUCACCGACUUCAUGGUGUCCUGCGACGACAUCAACGAGUGUGCACCACCCACGAAGGUGUUCUGCGGAAAAUUUGCAGACUGCCAGAACGUGGUCGGGAGCUACUACUGCACCUGCAGCCCGGGAUACGCGCCCACCUCCGGGCCAAACACGUUCCGGAAUGCGAGUGAGAACACGUGUGAAGACGUGGACGAAUGUCAGCAGAGCCCCAGAGUCUGCGGAAGCCGCGGCGUCUGCCGCAACACCCUGGGCAGCCACGCCUGCCACUGCCCGCCCGGCUUUGCGCUCCAGCCCCGGGACCCAAAGCUCUGCGCAGACGUGGACGAAUGCGCUUUGGGACAGCACCAGUGCCACAACUCCACCCACUGCCUCAACAAAGUGGGCGGCUACGAGUGCCGGUGCCGCCCGGGCUGGAGGCCGGUUCCCGGGUCCCCCGACGGCCCGACUGACACCGUCUGCGCAGGUGUGCGGCCUGACCCCGCGGCGCAGCCCGGCGCCCGCCGGCACACGCAUGGGCACCGCACACCCGGCUCCAUGCCAGCCACCUUUCGUUUGAAAUCUGACGUGCAUUUCAGACUUCAGAGCUGCCUCGGCUGGGCGCCAAGGGCCCGGCCGGACAGCGACAAAUCCGAGCAGAGCCCACGGGCACCUGUGCCCAGUCAGGACCGGGCCAGAGCCCCACCGUUGGGACACUCGAUCUCUGUGCUUGUUUUCUGGCCACUGCGUCAUCUCAAUGAUUCCCUGGUGCCUGUGGUUCUCAAAUGUGUCCUCCGGUGGGGGGUGAGACCCGGGUCCUCCAGGCAGCCCGUGUGGUCCAACGACCCGGUGGCUUUGUCACCCCACCCCCACCCCCAGAACCUCAUCGCGCUGGUGGACGAGCUGCUGAGAGCCCGUGGGGACAUGGACCACCUGGCCCCUCCCAUGCGGCACCGCAUAGCCACCUACCUGCUCUCGGGCCUGGAAGACCUCCUGAGGGCGCUGGCCAAGACCCUGCCGGAAGAGCCCCUCACCUACUGGUCCCCCUCGGGCACAGAGCUGUCCUUGGUCAUCCAGGAGCAGGGGAACAAGAAUGUCACCAUGGGUCAGAGCCAGGCACGGAUGCUGCUGAACUGGGCUGUAGCGGCGGGAGCCGGGGACUCGGGCCCCGCCGUGGCAGGCGUCUUCUCCAGCCAGAACAUGAAGAAGCUGCUGGCCAACGCCUCCCUGGACCUGGAGCCCGAGAAGCAAGCCCGGCUGGAAGAGACCCAUGAAAGCCCCGUCCACGGCGCCCAGGUCAGGAUCCUGUCGGCCGUGAACUCUGUCUUCCUGAGCAACACGGACACGGAGAAACUGGCCUCUCCCAUCACUUUCGCCUUCUCCCACAAGGACGAGAGGCCCAGGACUCGGGAGGAGCUCAUCUGUGCCUUCUGGAAGGGUGACAGCCACAGCGGGCGCUGGGCCACCACAGGCUGCCGGGUGUUGGGCAGCGGGAAUGGCAGCACCACCUGCCAGUGCAGCCACCUGAGCAGCUUCGCCAUCCUCAUGGCGCACUACGACGUGCAGGACUGGAAGCUGGCCCUGAUCACCAAGGUGGGACUGGCGCUGUCGCUGGUCUGUUUGCUGCUGUGCAUUUUCACCUUCCUGCUGGUGCGGCCCAUCCAGGGCUCGCGCACCACCAUACACCUGCACCUGUGCAUCUGCCUCUUCGUGGGCUCCGCCAUCUUCCUGGCCGGCAUCGAGAACCAAGGUGACGAGGUGGGGCUGCGCUGCCGCCUGGUGGCCGGACUGCUGCACUACUGCUUCCUGGCCGCCUUCUGCUGGAUGAGCCUCGAAGGCCUGGAGCUCUACUUCCUCGUGGUGCGCGUGUUCCAGGGCCAGGGCCUCCGCACGCGCUGGCUCUGCCUGAUCGGCUACGGCGUGCCCCUGCUCAUCGUCGCCAUCUCCGCGGCCUCCUAUAGCGAGGGCUACGGCCGCACCAGCUUCUGCUGGCUGUCCUUUAACCGUGGCUUCCUCUGGAGCUUCCUGGGACCCGUGAUCUUCAUCAUUUUGUGCAAUGCUGUCAUCUUCGUGACUACUGUCUGGAAGCUCGCUCAGAAGUUUUCUGAAAUCAGUCCGGACAUGAAGAAGUUAAAGAAGGCCAGGGUGCUGACCAUCACCGCCAUCGCCCAGCUCUUCGUCUUGGGCUGCACCUGGGUCUUCGGCCUGUUCCUCUUCAACCCACACAACUGGGUGCUGUCCUACCUCUUCAGCGUCCUCAACUGCCUGCAGGGCUUCUUCCUGUACUUGCUGCACUGCCUCCUCAACCGGAAGGUGCGGGAAGAGUACCGGAAGUGGGCCUGCCUAAUUGCUGGGAACAAGUACUCUGAGUUCGCCUCUUCCACAACUAACACAAGCCACAAUCAGAUGACUCGGGCCCUCAGGCCGUCAGAGUCUGGCAUGUGAGCCCAGCAUGGGAACCCGAAGUUUUGGCCAUCCCAGCAGCUCCUGUGGCCUCAGCAGCUUCUGCACAUGCUGAAGACCGUCCUCUCCUCUCCUCCCACUCUGCGCUCUCCACUGUGUGCCAGAGACAGGGUGGCAGCUGUACUCUGGCACUGAACUCCAGAACACCCAAGGAGGUGGAAAGUCGGAGCCGAUGGUCCUGCUUCCUUCCGGCUGCUUGCCCUAACCCAGCUGUGCCCCAGGGCGGGACAGGUGCUGACCCAGGGCUGCAGCCCAUCGCCCCAGUACGUGCAGCCAGUACUGGGGACGGACUGAGGGCUCUUGCCCGGCCUGGCCUUUUCCUCUCAUCUGUCUUUGCUGCAGAACAGGCCAGGGCACUGGGGUUCAACUCCCCUCUUUAAGCUAAGACUGAUGUCAGAGGCCAGGGCAGGGCCCCUGCCUGAGGCUCACGGUACAGAGCCUGCCUGCCCCGGGCAGCAGGUCUCAGUCUCAAAGGUUGUGCAUGUCGUGUACAUUUUCAUCUGUAUGAAUCUUUCAAUGUUCACACUUAAAAUUAAAUAACACAUGCAUAAAGAA